GGUCUGCUGCUAAGCAGUUGCGUCAUUUCGUUUCAGCUGUGCGCGGCGACAAGAAGUGUUUUGUUGUGCUCGCUCAGUAAGCUCGUAAAUACUGAAUUUAUCUCGAACUAUUAGUGUUUGAGGCUUGGCUGUAAUCUAAAUUCCUUGAGCUUCAUUAGUUGAUUCAACAGUGUUCAAAAUUCAGCAUUAUGCCACCAGUUACCCUGGUAAUAAAAACUCCCAGCCUGAAGCUAUCAGAUGUACUGUAUAGCUGUGAAUCAACGAGUAGUGUCAAUCAACUCAAGAUUUUCCUUCAGAACCAAUAUCCAUCAAAACCAAAUCCUGAAGAACAACGACUAAUUUAUCAGGGUAAACUUCUGAGGGAUAAUGAAAUCUUUCAGGAUUUUCUAAGAGAUCUUGACCAUGAACAGAGACAUACACUACACUUGGUGUACACCCUAAAAAGAACUCCAUCAGCUGAAAACCGUCAACAAGUUGACAUACCAAAUGUUGACAAUUCUAAUAUUGCGGACGAUGGAUUACGACUUCGCCACACGGCUAAUACUCCGCCCCCCAUGAUGACCCCCGGGAUGCAACAACCUCAACCAGAGUGGGAUUUAACCAACGGACAGUUCACUGUGUGGGGCAACCAAGCACCUGGUGCUGAUCCAGUCACACAACAAUUUCUGUGGUGGCAACAAACUUAUGCCCAACAAUAUUGGGCACAAUAUUUGCACCAUGUCAGCAACAGUCAUCAGUAUUUGACUCCCAAUCCUCCUCCCGUUUCUCCGCCUGUUGUUUCUCCUCAUCCACCUCCACCUCCUGCAGCCCCUGUCGAAAUCAAUCGACCUCAACAAGAGCCACAGAGACGCCCGCCACUACCCCAAGUUGGUGGAGUCGCACAAGAUGACGACGAAGACGGUGCUCGACAGGCCCGUGAUUGGCUUGAUUGGGUUUAUAUAACGUCAAGAUUGGCCAUCCUUCUUGGAGUUAUGUACUACUAUUCAUCAUUGCCUCGCUUUAUGUUGGUUACCCUAAUCGUCGCUGGCAUUUACUUCUACCAGAAAGCUCUUCAUCAAAGACGAAAUGCUAUUAGUCGCAACAGGGAAAUCAUCGACAACGCAGCCGCACCUAACAGAGAAGUCAUUCAUAACCCUGAACAUGUGGCUGGAAUUGACGUUGCCGAUGCGGCUCCAAAUAAUCCUGUGGAUGUUCAAGGAGAAGCACGUCUAGCCACCACGGUGACUGAAAGAGUUCAGCCACCACCUGCUACUGUGAGUGGUUUCAACGUGGCAGUAAACCUGUUGAUCGGAUUUUUCACGUCACUUAUACCCGAAGUUCCUGCUCCAGAAGCUCUUAAUUGAAGUAAAAUCAAUAGUUGCGAGCCCAUUGUAAAAAGGGUUCCUUAGACAUGUAAAGUACUACACCGCAAUUUUUGUUAUCAAGAAUUUAUAAGUAACUUUUAAGUCUGAGGUUUUGUUAUUGGCAUUAGAAACGAAGGCAUAGUAUCCGCUUGUGUGAGAUGUGAAUCUAAGGAGUAUGGCGCUAAAGUAUUCCCGCACAUUUCAAGACCCUUCACGUGGUCUUCGCUGUGCUCGUGGACACUACCAGUAGAUUACCGACUACAUUGUUUUUUUUCCUUUUUUUUUUUUUUUGUAAGCAUCUAAUCCCGUUUCCCUCAUUUGAUGUGUUUUGUUUGGGUGUGUCUUUCCGGCUAAAUGGCCACACAUUAGCAAUUUUCAACGCUUUAAUUCCUUCUUUGAGUUACUGAUGUACAUAUUUUGUUUAGGACCAUGUACGUGAAUAAACAUUUAAAGUCUGA